AUGCGUAUUGUUUUCGCAGCCCUUCUGUAUUAUGACUAUACCCUCACGCUGUCCAUGGAGUACGAGCAGUUCUGGAAACAGCAGAAAAGGCUUUCUCUUGUGGCCGUGCUCAUUGUCCUGAACCGCUACGUCUCCCUACUCGGCGAGAUUCCCGUUAUCAUUUUCAUCUUCGGGAAUCUCGACGGCGAAGCAUUUGCGGCCAUAACGCAGGCACUCGUUGCAGUUCAUUUUACUGGGUCCCUUGCAAAAAUGCUGCCGGGUUGUGUCUUCCCGAUGACCAAAGAACAGUACGGUUUCGCUUGCAUGUAUCAUGCCACGAGACUGACAGAUACUGACAGAACUGAACUCUCCGCAUCCCCGUGGUGUACUAUGCUCCUCUUCGACACCGCUAUAUUCCUCUUGACCCUCGUAAGGUCUAUACGCGUCAUACGACUGCUGGGUGGUUCCGGCAGCAUGUUCCAGGUGAUGCUCAGAGACGGUACGAUCUACUUUGGUGCUUUAGUUGUGGUGAACAUGGCAAACAUCUUGACAUACCUUGUAUCCUGGGAGAUGGACCAAGUCUACGAAGUCACUGAGCGGAGGGUCUCUUACAGAAUAUCAAGCACGCUCAUCGCACGGCUGAUGCUCAACCUGCGCGACCCAGCUCUCAACACGGUUCUGUUGAAUACCGACAUGUAUCAGGAUGAACCCACAGAGGACCUUGGAAACAUGGAGAGUGUGAGGUUUCGUUCUGCAGACGGGGCGCUGCAUGUUCACAAUGGCAAAUGUAUCGACUGCAGCGUCUUCGACGCUCAUCUGAGGGUGCGCAUGGAGGCGCAACGGGCAACGCACCUCGGCGAUGUGCAGCGUGAUCCCGAGGCCGGCCUCUUUCGCCUUGCGGAAGUGCUCCUCGAAUGUUGUCAUGUCGCCUGCCUACCACGAGCACAGUUUGUCAUCCAGCACACCAGCACGGAGCGAGGGGCGCACCUUGGGAUCGCCACAGAGAUCGACGCCGACAACCCUGCGACCGGCGUGCUUCAGCGUGAUCGCGCACUGCACACACUCGGCCGCGACGGCGGCAUCCAUGCGGCGAUCGAGGCUCACGAUCAGGGCGGCCUGCUCUGGGGGGAAGCGCUCGACCUCCGCGAGCACCGUCUCGAGGUAGUGCAUGCGGGUCAUCGCAGACGUCGCGCGGGGCGUGGUGCGCAGCUCGAGGUAGGCCGCCUCGGGGAAACCAUGCUCGGCGGGGACGAGGAAGUGCUCGAGGACCGCGCGGGUGGCGCGCGCGAGGGCAGGGGGCGCGGCGGUGAGGGCAUAGAUGGCGGGGAAGAGCGUGAAGAAGUCGUCGAUCUCGCCGAGCGCGACGCCGGCCUGGAGGCGGGCGAUGCCUGCGCGGACGAGCUCGCGGUCGGUGGCGGCGGCGGGGAGGGAGUCGGCGUCACGUGCGAGGGCCUGGAGGGUGGGGAGGGGGAUGGAGCCGUUGAGGUGCGCGUGCAGGUCCGCCUUGGGCAGGGCGCGCAGGAACACAAGCUGGGCAGGCGAGAGGACGGCCAGGGCGGCGGCUGCAAAGCCAGCGACGGAGUGGGCCAUGGCAAUAGUGGCCACAACCGCAGCAUCGGCCCUCGCAUCCCUCUGCCAUCCCCUGCACUCCCCUCGCACCACGACGACGACGACGACGACGACGACGACGACUAUGUCCCUGCGCUGCCCCCCGACAUGCUCGCCGCACGCACCGCCGCCGCACCGAAACCUCCGCCGAAGAAAGUCAUCGGCCCUGCCCUGCCUCCCUCUAUGGCAGCCCGCGCAUAUCAGUAUGACGACGACGACGACGACUACGGACCACCACCUCCACCCUCUGGUACAGUCGUGCAAGAGAAGGACGGUGUACAAGAGUUCCUGGAGAAGGAGGAGAAGCGGCGCAAACAAAUCGAGGCGAGUCCAAUUCCUCAUGUCUAUCCUUCGGUGCUCGCGGAAUGUCGCAUUCCGGUCGCUGGCCGACGUUUCCUUCGGUCCAAGGUUUCCUAG